CUCAGAACGUAUCUCUUAACCAACAAAUCAACUGAUCCAAGGAGCCAACUUGUAACAAUCAAGUUGCUCAUGGCCGCUAUGUGAGACACCAUCCACAAUGGGGAGCUUUUCUUCUACAUCUUCAGUUGAUUUACGCUUUGAACCCCGUCAUCUACUUCCCCAGCGAUUCGAAAUCAUUCGAUUUCUCGGAGAAGGCGGCUCUGCAGUCGUGCUCAACUGCUAUGACACCUCCACAAAACAAAAUGUUGCCGUGAAGUUUGCCAAAGGGAAAUACAAAUUGAAGCAUGAGGCAGAGAUGAUGAGAUAUCUCAUGAAGCACAAAUUGGAUGAGAAGAACAUUAUAAAGUUUCACGACAGCUUGAGCUCAACCUCUUGUUUGGUGUUUGAAAUGUGUGACAUCAAUCUAAAGGACUACAUUAAACAAAGAUUCCCAUUGAAAUUACAAGAGAUUAGAACAGUUAUCCAACAGUUGGCCACAGCUUUAGAGGGACUGAAGAAAGUUAAAAUCAUCCACAGUGACCUCAAAACAAACAACAUCAUGGUGGUGGAUGAAAGGAAAAAACCGCUGCAGGUCAAGCUGAUUGACUUUGGCUUGGCUCUCCAUGCCAGACAUUCGAAUCAAACCAUCAAUCAAUGCCUUUUUUACAAAGCUCCUGAACUCAUUCUUGGGCUCCCAUACUCUGCAGCUUUGGACAUCUGGUCACUGGGGUGUGUAGUGGGAAAGAUGCUUUUAAACUAUGUACUUUUCCCGGGGAAUACUGAAUAUGAAAAUCUGUGCUUCUUCACUGAUGUUCUGGGACCAGCACCAGACUAUCUUGUUGAUGCCAGCAAAAAAGCAGAAAAGUUUUUUAAAAAGUCAGACUCUGACAAGUGGAUACUGAAGUCACCUAUGGAAUACUGGGGACAUGAAUACCAUAAAUACAAAAGGUCCUUGAACUUUCGCUUUUUGCAUCAAGCUAAAAUGAGUCACCUGAAGUAUGAAAAACUGGCUGCAACAGAUGAGAGGAGGGAAUGCAUAGCGCUGAUGAAGGCAAUGCUUCACUGGGAUGCAAAGAAAAGGAUUACUCCCAAAGGAAUCCUGAGCCAUUCCUUUAUCGUCCAGAAAAGCAGCAGUCCUCGCAACUCUUUCCCUGAAUAUAACGUUCCAAUUGAGCAGGAACCUUGCACCAGCAAGGUCACAGCUCAUUCAAAUUCGGAAGACUGGCGAAAGCAUUCGUUUUUUGCAGGUCAAAAUAUGAGGGAUGUCAAAGGAAAGAGAGGAACAUAUGACAUUGCACUGCAGCCAAGAGAAUUUGACAAGAAACUGCCUCCACGGCCAAGAAUAAAGAAGUCAUCUCGUGAACAGUUGAGCAAACUUUCAGUUGUAGAAAACAGACUUCUCUUACAGAAGAGAAACGGUGAGAGACCCACAGCAAGCUCAACUUUGGAGUCCACCAAAACACAGGAUACGAUGGACCCUCGUUUUGUUCCUGAAACUGCCUUAAGUCAGAAAAGCUCCAGCCGCAAAACUCAUCGUCACAGGAAGUCAAAACAGAAGAAUUUUUUUGAGAACAUAUGUCGUUGUUGGAGACGGGGCUAAAAGCUAACAUUGGUUGCUAUUUAAAAUUUGUGUGGCGGUAUUAAAAAGCUUAACUGAAAACAACAAUGUCCAA